CCUGGCGCUCGGGGUUGGGAUAAUCUCGCUCGCACCCAAACCACAGCGCUCCCGCGGCUAAUCCUGCCCUCUCCCCUCUCCCUCCCCACCCCGCCCCCGGCCCUUCCUCUGCUGCCCUCUCCCCUCCCCGCUCCCCCUGCUCGCCCCCCGGGGCCCCUCCGUCCCCGUCCUCCCGCUGCCGCCGGCGGCCCGGCGGGUGGGUGCGAGGUCGGGGCUGCCGGGCACCCCGCCCCUCCCCGGCGGGGCCGUCAUUAGGCUGCCGGUUGAUUACAGGGUAUUGAUUUGUAUGUGCUUCUCCCGGCGCCGGCCGCUCCCGCUGGUGCUGCUGGAGUUCGGGCAGAGCUUCUCGUAGCGGCGGCGGCAGCUCCUACUAAACAUGUCGGCUCCCGCCGGGCCCCGGAGCGGCCCCGCCGCUCCUCAGCCUCCUCCGGCCCCGCAGCCCGAGAUGCCGGACCUCAGCCACCUCACGGAGGAAGAGCGGAAGAUCAUCCUGGCCGUCAUGGACCGCCAGAAGAAGGAAGAGGAGAAGGAGCAAUCCGUGCUCAAGGUCAAAGAAGAGCAAAAACCACAGCCGACACAGUGGUUUCCCUUUAGUGGGAUCACUGAGCUGGUAAAUAACGUUCUUCAACCACAGCAAAAACAGCAAAAUGAAAAGGAGCCCCAGACAAAAUUACAUCAGCAGUUUGAGAUGUAUAAGGAGCAAGUGAAGAAGAUGGGUGAAGAAUCACAGCAGCACCAGGAGCAGAAGGGUGAUGCCCCAACCUGUGGCAUCUGCCACAAAACCAAAUUUGCUGAUGGCUGUGGCCAUAACUGUUCCUAUUGCCAAACGAAAUUCUGCGCGCGCUGUGGAGGAAGAGUGUCCCUGCGGUCCAACAAGGAGGACAAAGUGGUCAUGUGGGUCUGUAACUUGUGCCGAAAGCAACAGGAAAUCCUCACGAAAUCUGGAGCCUGGUUCUACAACAGCGGCUCGCACGCGCCGCAGCCGCCGGACCAGGAGGGAGGGAGAGCUCUGAGGAACGAGGAAGCACCUCAGGAGAAAAAAGCAAAACUGCAGGAGCAUCCACAGUACCAGGGACCUCCAGGUGACAUAUCCACACAAGCUUUGGACAAAAACAGAUCUCAAGGGCUCACAAGACAAGACUCAAUUAAGAAUGGUUCAACAGUAAAGCAUCCAGUAACAAGUGACACAUCAGACAGGAAAAGAAGCCCUUCAAUAUCAAGAGAACAGAGCAGAAGAUACGACCAAAGGGACGAGAGAGACGAAUACUCACAGUAUGCUACAUCAGACAGUGCGAUGCCCAGGUCACCAUCAGAUUAUUCAGAUAGGCGGUCACAGCGUGGGCCCCAGUUGUACGAAGAGCCUGAACUGGGUGAUUAUAGAGAUUCCAACAGGAGGAGCCGCAGGCGUUCCAAGGAGUAUCCGGUAGAAGAAGAAGAUGCGCAAAGCAGGGAAGAAUAUGAGAGGCAAAGGAGGGAAGAGGAAUACCAGGCACGAUACCGGAGUGAUCCUAAUUUGGCUCGUUAUCCAGUCAAGCCACAGCCAUAUGAGGAACAAAUGCGUAUCCACGCUGAAGUGUCCCGCGCACGUCACGAACGCAGGCAUAGCGAUGUCUCGCUGGCAAAUACAGAGCUGGAAGAUUCUCGGAUGUCCAUGCUCAGGAUGGAACGGCCAUCAAGACAAAGAUCAGUGUCUGAGCGCAGGGCCGCCAUGGAAAACCAACGUUCAUACUCUAUGGAAAGAACUCGAGAGGCUCAGGGACCAAGUCCCAAUCGUCAGAGGACCACAAAUCAUAGCCCUCCUACACCUAGGAGGAGUCCAAUUCCUCUGGAAAGACCAGACAUGAGGCGCUCUGAUUCUUUAAGGAAACAGCACCAUUUGGAUCCCAGUUCUGCUGUUCGGAAAACAAAGCGUGAAAAGAUGGAGACCAUGUUACGGAAUGAUUCGCUCAGCUCGGACCAGUCUGAAUCCGUCAGACCUCCUCCACCAAAGCCCCAUAAAACGAAAAAAGGAGGUAAAAUGCGCCAGGUUUCAUUAAGUAGCUCAGAAGAAGAAUUGGCAUCCACUCCAGAAUAUACAAGCUGUGAUGAUGUAGAGAUUGAAAGUGAAAGUGUUAGUGAAAAAGGGGACAGUCAAAGGGGAAAAAGAAAAACUAGUGAGCAGGCAGUUUUGUCGGAUUCUAACGCCUUAUCCGAGAGGCAAAAGAAAAUGGUGUGCUUUGGUGGCCACUCUUUGGAAGAGGACUUGGAAUGGUCUGAGCCUCAGAUAAAAGACUCUGGGGUAGAUACGUGUAGUAGCACCACUCUAAACGAGGAACAUAGCCAUAGUGAGAAGCAUCCAGUAACUUGGCAGCCAUCCAAAGAUGGGGAUCGUCUCAUUGGUCGGAUUUUGUUAAAUAAGCGACUGAAAGAUGGAAGUGUGCCUAGAGAUUCAGGAGCAAUGCUUGGAUUGAAGGUAGUAGGAGGAAAGAUGACUGAAUCAGGUCGACUCUGCGCAUUUAUCACCAAAGUUAAAAAAGGAAGCUUAGCUGAUACAGUGGGGCAUCUUAGACCAGGUGAUGAAGUAUUAGAAUGGAAUGGAAGGAUACUACAAGGAGCCACCUUUGAGGAGGUGUAUAAUAUCAUUUUAGAAUCCAAACCUGAGCCACAAGUAGAGCUUGUAGUUUCAAGACCAAUAGGGGACAUUCCCAGAAUACCCGACAGCACACAUGCACAGCUGGAGUCCAGUUCUAGUUCAUUUGAAUCUCAAAAAAUGGACCGACCUUCUAUUUCAGUGACUUCUCCUAUGAGUCCUGGCAUGUUAAGGGAUGUUCCACAGUUCUUGUCUGGACAACUUUCAAGCCAAAGCCUUAGUAGAAGAACAACGCCUUUUGUUCCUAGGGUUCAGAUAAAACUGUGGUAUGACAAGGUUGGUCAUCAGUUAAUAGUGACCAUACUGGGAGCAAAGGAUCUUCCUUCAAGGGAAGAUGGAAGGCCAAGGAAUCCUUAUGUUAAAAUUUACUUUCUUCCAGACAGAAGUGAUAAAAAUAAAAGAAGAACAAAAACAGUAAAGAAAACAUUGGAACCUAAGUGGAAUCAGACAUUUAUUUAUUCUCCAGUUCAUCGGAGAGAGUUUAGAGAACGAAUGUUAGAAAUCACUCUUUGGGACCAAGCACGAGUUCGAGAGGAAGAAAGUGAAUUUUUAGGAGAGAUUCUUAUUGAGUUAGAGACAGCAUUACUAGAUGAUGAACCCCACUGGUACAAACUUCAAACACAUGAUGUCUCUUCAUUGCCACUUCCCCAUCCCUCACCAUAUUUGCCACGCAGACAACUCCAUGGCGAGAGUCCCACACGGAGGUUACAAAAUAAAGGCUUAUAUUCAUAUAAUUCAGGAUCCAAAAGAAUCAGUGACAGUGAAGUCUCUGAUUAUGACUGUGAUGAUGGAAUUGGUGUUGUUUCAGAUUACCGACAUAACGGGAGAGAUCUUCAAAGUUCAACACUGUCAGUGCCUGAGCAAGUAAUGUCAUCUAAUCAUUGUUCUCGAUCAGGGUCCCCUCACCGUGGAGAUAGUAUAGGACGGACUAGAUCGUGGUCUCCCAGUGUCCCUCCCCCACAAAGUCGGAAUGUGGAUCAGGGACUGCGAGGGACUCGAUCCACCCCUGCGCACUACAACACCCUGAACCGCAUGGACAGACACCGAGCCGUGGACGACCACUACUCCCCAGACAGAGAGAGGAAUUGUGAAGCAGCAGAUAGACAGCCAUAUCAAAGAUCCAGAUCAACAGAGCAACGUCCUGUGCUAGAGCGGACCAACUCCCGCUCCCGAUCCACAGAGCGUCCUGACUCAAACCUCAUCAGGUCGAUGCCUUCAUUAAUGACUGGAAGAUCUGCCCCUCCUUCACCUGCCUUACCGAGGUCACAUCCUCGAACUGGGUCUGUCCAGACAAGUCCAUCAAGUACUCCAGUGGUAGGGCGAAGGGGCAGGCAGCUACCGCAGCUCCCACCAAAGGGGACGUUGGAGAGAAACAAUGGAGACAAGGAGAUAGAGUCUUAUGAAGAAGUUACAUGGGAAGACCAGCAGAAAAAGGUGAAUGGUACAAUAACUGAUGACAAACCAUUGCCGAAAAAGAAACACCAUUCUGAGACAGAAGAAGCGGAAUCAUCAAGGAGAACAAACUCAGAAGAAAAGAAAACAGAUCCAGAGAAUGGGGAUACAGGUGCACUGGAUGUAGAAGAAAGGAAUCGCCAAAUGAAAAUGAGCAAGUACAAACAGGUAGCAGGAUCAGAUUCCAGGCUGGAACAAGAUUAUCAUUCUAAGUAUCGGUCGGGGCGGGAUCCUCACCGAGGCUCGGACAACGUUUCCAACAAGUCCUCGGACAGCGAUGUCAGCGACGUCUCGGCCGUGUCCCGCACCAGCAGCGCGUCCCGCUUCAGCAGCACCAGCUACAUGUCUGUGCAGUCAGAGCGCCCCAGGGGCAGCAAGAAAAUAAGUGUCUUUACAUCCAAAAUGCAAAGCAGACAGAUGGCCAUCUCAGGAAAGAACAUGACAAAGAGCACCAGCAUCAGCGGGGAGAUGUACACACUGGAGAAGAACGAUGGCAGCCAGUCAGACACGGCGGUGGGCACUGUUGGUGGUGGCAGCAAAAAGAGGCGCUCCAGCAUUGGUGCCAAGAUGGUCGCCAUCGUGGGGCUGUCCAGAAAGAGCCGUAGCACGUCACAACUCAGCCAAACUGAAGCAGGGGGCAAGAAGCUGCGCAGCACCGUCCAGAGGAGCACGGAGACAGGGCUGGCCGUGGAGAUGAGGAACUGGAUGACUCGCCAGGCGAGCCGGGAGUCAACGGAUGGGAGCAUGAACAGCUACAGCUCCGAGGGAAAUUUGAUCUUCCCUGGUGUGAGGUUGGCUGCAGACAGCCAAUUCAGUGAUUUUCUGGAUGGACUUGGUCCUGCCCAGCUUGUAGGACGACAGACAUUGGCAACACCAUCAAUGGGAGAUAUUCAGGUGGGAAUGAUGGAUAAGAAAGGACAACUGGAAGUAGAAAUAAUCCGAGCCCGUGGCCUUGUUGUAAAACCAGGUUCAAAGACACUGCCAGCACCAUAUGUAAAGGUGUAUCUAUUAGAAAAUGGAGUCUGCAUAGCCAAAAAGAAAACAAAGGUAGCAAGAAAAACGCUGGAACCACUUUAUCAGCAACUUCUAUCGUUUGAAGAAAGUCCCCAAGGGAAAGUUUUACAGAUAAUUGUUUGGGGAGACUAUGGACGUAUGGAUCACAAAUCCUUCAUGGGAGUGGCACAGAUACUUUUAGAUGAACUGGACCUGUCCAACAUGGUGAUUGGGUGGUUCAAACUUUUCCCUCCUUCUUCCCUAGUAGACCCAACCUUAGCUCCUCUCACUAGAAGAGCUUCCCAAUCAUCUCUUGAAAGUUCAACAGGACCUUCGUAUGCUCGCUCAUAGCAGCUGUGAAACUGUUGUCAUAGCAACCAGCGUUACAAAAAAAUAAAAUUACAGGUCGCAAACCCUGGUAACACUGCAUGCUUAAUGUUGUGUCUUCUGAGCCUGUUUCUAGGGCUGCAACGCGAUCCUGUGUUCUCAAGGAAGUUGCACACAUUGUGCCCUACGGAAGGCCCUCAGGUGAUGGACUGAAAUCAUGAAGAACUGAUAGGUUUGGAGUUCAGGGACUCAGUUUUGGUCCAAUCUGAAGCCAUGGACUAAACUAAAAAAAAUCAAUCUGUUUCAUGCAACAAAAGUCCUUUUCAAUGGCAUAUCUAUUUUGUUGCUCCCUUUUCUUUAUUUAUCUGCCCUCCCCUCCUAAAGUUUGGUUAUGCCACAGAAACGGAGUUACCCUCCCAUGGAGCCACGUUACAAGUCAGCGGAUUAGCAGACAUUGGAAGAAAAGAAGAAUCUAAGGAUGAUGGAAAAGUCAACUGGCACUUGCAGCAGUUGCUUGAGAUCUGAAAACUCUUCAUAUUGAAAAGGUUCAAGACUUAAAGUGGUGGGCUUCAUACCUCCAGCUGUUCACACGGUGAAACCCCAGACAUGAUGGACUCUCUGAAAAAUAAAGUUCUGUGGAUAUACUGUACUGUAUGAAAUUAAGAAACUUUUUUGCAUGGACACAGAUUUAGCUGAACACUUAAAUUAUUUUCUUGGGGCUGCAACUUGCAAAACAAAAAAAAAAGAAUAAAUCAGCCAUUUUCAACAGUUUAUAUUAUUUUUAAAGAUAAAUUUCACUAGUGCAUGGUUUUAAAGGGAAGAGAAUGCAACAGGGUGAUACAAAGACAUACCAUGUUUAUCAUUCUUUAAACCAGUCAUGGUCUGUGUUUUUGCAGACUUAUAUUAAAAAUAAAAAAUAAUUUCUAGCAAAUAUUUAAAAUUCUGUUUAUGUGACAAGAAAUAAGUGUAAUAUAUUAAAUUUAUUUAAAUGUAAAAGGUACAAGCCUUGUAAAGUUCAACAUAAUGUGCAAAUUGUACACUUCUUUUACCUCCUUCUUUCUCUAUCUCUCCUCCCAAUCUCCCUUCUUCCUUUUGCUCUUUUCCCCCUCUACCUCCCAGGAUGAUCAGCAUAUUCUAAAAUGGCUACCUUUUGACUUAUUACUGUCUUAUGGCCCAUAUUUGGUUCAGGGUUGCAGAUUGUUCUGCAUUUCUGAAUUAUUUGAGAAAAAUAUUGUUUAAGAGCUUACUUUUUUUCAAGCAUGUUGAAAAGGAUUUUGCAACAUGGCUUGGGAGUACAUUAAUGUAAUUCAGCAUGUAUUUGAUAAAGAAGAUAUUUGAACUUUUGCAAUUUAUUGUACAGUGCAUGGUAACUUAUUUUCGUUUUUUCUCACCUUCAAAUUGAAUUCUACAGCAAAAUACUGGAAUCAUGUGGCCAUUGUAAGAUGUCUUCAAUAAAUUUGUGUUCAGCACCAGCAUCUUUCAUUCAAAGACUGAACUAUUAUUUCUUGAAGGUUUUUGGAAAGAGGAAAAAUUAAGUACCUGAUUGAUUUUUAGGAAACAAAUUUAAGCACUUUUAUUUGCACUAAACCAAAUUGAUUGCUACAUUUUUGAAAUAACAGAAGCAACAAAGGUUACAAAUCCAUACAGUUCUUCUGCUGUAAAGUUCAAUUUUCAUAAAUUACAUUUGCAUUGCAAAAGACAUAAUUAGAUAAUAUCAGUCUGGAAAGUAUCAGUCUUUGGUUGGUAAAAUAGCCUUAAAGAAAACUUCUCAGUACCACUCUGUCAGCUCUUUGACACCAUUGCCAGAACCUCGCUGCAGUUAAUGGAUCUUCGGAACCCUGGGUUUUGUAGCAGACAGUAACUACCAUUGGGUGGUGCUGCAACUUCAAGCUUCUCAUUAAGUUUCGUUAUUUAAAGGGAAUGUAACUGGCUAAUGUUUAAUAACAAAAUAUCCUUUUCUUUUUUUCUUUUUCCUGGGUCUUUGUAUGCCUUUAAUACCUACUUAAGGUUUAAUAUUGAAAUCUUGCAAUAAUUUUUGAAGUAUGUUACAUUUACCUUUAUGGCCACACAGAAUUAUUCUGAUUUUAUUUGAAAAUCUGUUGAAGUUUCCCAUUAACAAAUUGUACAUGCCUCAUAAGAGGAAAAAAGUAAUAACAGUAUCACUUAUAAUGCCUUUUACUUUGUGCAAUAUCAUAGAAAAUGAGAUUGUGUCUUGUCUGCAGAGUUUAUAUAAUGGAUUAUUGUUAAGUUAAUAGACAGACUGGUAAAAUUAUAUUUAUUGAAAUAAUUUAGACACCUGUCUACCAGCAGCAAAUAAAUGCUACUAACAUGCAGUCUACAAUAUCCCCUAGGAUAUUAAACAGAAAUACAUAACCAUUUUCCUGACACUGUGAGAUGUGCUCACACAUUCUUGUAUGCAUAGUCCUCUAUAAAUUAUUUCAAAUUUUAAAAUCAAGGACAUGACGCAUGGAAGGUUUGUACAUAAUUGUCAUUAUGCAGUAUUUAUUUUAAAAAAAAUUAAUGUAUUUUUUUUAAUUUUCACACGUCUGCAAUUCUACUUAUGGUUUAGUCAUGUAAAUAGUACUAUUCCAGUGAUCACUGCUGUCUUGUAAAUAGUACGUUUUAAAAAGUUAAAAGGAAUUACAGUUGGGGAAAAAAAAGGGCAGAUUAGGCCUGUAAUGAACACCAACUAAUGUAAAUCAAACUCAUUCUGGUGAUGGUAUUUAACACUUUAAAUAAAACAUUUUCUUUACAGAA